AUGCCACCGCCAAUGGCGGCCACCGCCAAACUCAUCCGUCUCCGCCGCCCCAAACUCCAUUCCUUUUCCCAGCCUUGCCGGAAUCCCUACCGCUUCUUUUCCUCAUCUUCCAAACCCGACUCCAAUGAAGCCACAUCCCGACCCGAUACGGAAUCCGAAUCCAAAUCGGAAACCCAAUCUCAAUCCCCAUUCUCCUCAUAUUUCAGCGAUGUGAAAGCCAGUCUACUAAAAGAAUCCUCAAAUCAGAAUCGCGCUCAAAUCCCCCGCAAAACGCUGUCGUUUUCAAAUUCCACUCCUCAAACGCCUAAAAUCGCUUCAUUGGAAGAAAUCCGUAGAAACCUCUCCGAGUUUCGCCACCGCGCUGCUUCGCCUUCUUCCCAUUCCGGUCAACCCAUAAAGCUCUAUAAAAGAAAUGUCCUUCCAAAAACUGAAGAAUCUGGUUCCGGUUCUUCAGAUUCGACUGCGAAACAUGCGGGAGCUGCCGCACCUGGUGGGAAACUAGCUUUUGAGGCAUUUCGUGAGAGCAUCCGUCAGCUCCGGUCCAAUUCCCCAAUUAGACAAACUGAUUCUGGUGGGAAGGCGGUUGAUAUGUCACUUUCGAGGUUUAAGGACAGCUUGAAGUUGAAACCUGUGGGUCCAAAAAUGAUGAUUGGGGGUAGUGAUAGUUUGCAUGCCUCGAUAUUUGGGAAGGAGAAAAGGGAUGGUGAUAAAGCCGGCCCUGCAACGAGGACUGAAUUUGUCAAGAUGUACAAUUAUAAAGAGUUAGGGGAAAAGCUGAAGAUGUUGAGGCCCGAGAAGAAGAAGGGAAACUGGUUCUCACUGCAGGAGCUGAACGAGAGGCUGAUGAAGCUGAGAGAGAUUGACGAGAAGGAGAGCGAGACAAGGACUGGGGGUGUCAAUUUCAUUGACUUGAGAGGGAGUCUUGAGCGGUUGAGGAUGUCAGAUGAUGAGAAAGCCAGAAAGAAAACAAGUAAACAAUUUGUUUGA